AUGAGCCGUCAGGUUUUACACAGUGAUAUGCGGUCCGUGGGUACAGAGGUAUCCGCGGCAUCGCAAAAGAAGUAUUUGAUGGAAGAAACAGUCGACAUACCAACAAAACCGGCUACGGCAUACAUUACAGUUUGUUUGCUCUGUGUAUUUGUUGCAUUUGGUGGCUUUAUUUUUGGCUGGGAUACCGGUACCAUUUCUGGUUUUGUCAAUCAGACAGACUUUAGGCGGCGUUUUGCCCAAGUGAAUGAUGAAGGCGGAUACUACUGGUCCAAUGCCAGAGUUGGUCUUAUUGUUGCGAUCUUUAAUAUUGGCUGCGCAGUUGGCGGUAUCAUUCUAUCCAGGUUGGGCGAUAUGUAUGGACGCCGCAUUGGCUUGAUGAUCGUUAGUCUCAUUUAUGUGGUUGGUAUAAUUAUUCAAAUUUCAUCCAACACUAAAUGGUAUCAAUACUGUAUUGGCAGAGUCAUCUCUGGUCUAGGUGUUGGUGGUAUUGCUGUGUUGUCGCCUAUGUUGAUUUCAGAGACAUCGCCAAAACAUUUGAGAGGGACACUAGUUUCAUGUUACCAGUUAAUGAUUACGGCCGGUAUAUUAUUAGGCUAUUGCGCGAACUACGGUACGAAAAGCAGAUACGAUGACUCAAGGCAAUGGCGGAUUCCUUUGGGGCUCUGCUUUUUGUGGGCUAUAUUCAUGAUUACUGGUAUGGCGUUCGUGCCAGAAUCCCCUCGUUAUUUGAUCGAAAAAGAUAAAAUUGAAGAGGCUAAAAGAUCUCUAGCAACAUCAAAUAAAGUUCCGGUAGAUGAUCCGGCUAUUCUGGCAGAAGUCAAUAACAUCCAAGCUGGUGUGGAGUUAGAAAGAAUGGCAGGUUCCGCUUCCUGGGGUGAAUUAUUCACCGUCCGCACCAAGAUUCUCCAACGAGUGAUCAUGGGUGCUAUGAUACAGUCGUUACAACAACUUACAGGUAACAAUUAUUUCUUCUACUACGGUACCACGAUUUUUGAUUCCGUCGGUUUGGAGGAUGCGUUCAAGACAUCCAUCAUUUUAGGUGCCGUAAACUUUGGUUCCACCUUUGUGGCAAUGUACACUGUCGAUAGAUUUGGCAGGAGGAAAUGUUUGCUCUACGGUGCCGCGGCAAUGGCCGUUUGUAUGGUUAUUUUUGCCUCCGUUGGUGUGACAAGACUAUGGCCCAAUGGACCCGAUCAGCCUUCUUCCAGACCGGCAGGCAAUGCUAUGAUUGUUUUUACCUGCCUCUACAUUUUCUUCUUUGCAACUACCUGGGCCCCAAUUGCGUAUGUCAUUGUUUCGGAGACUUUCCCAUUAAGAGUCAAAGCCAAGGGCAUGGCUAUCGCCACAGCCGCGAAUUGGAUAUGGGGCUUUUUGAUCGCCUUCUUUACACCAUACAUUACCAAUGCGAUCAGGUUUUACUACGGCUACGUGUUCAUGGGUUGUUUGAUCUUUGCGUUCUUCUACAUCUUCUUCUUUGUCCCCGAGACAAAGGGUUUGACUUUGGAAGAGGUCGAGGAGAUGUGGCAGGAAGGUGUGGUACCUUGGCGUUCAGAAUCAUGGGUACCCUCUGCAAGGCGGCACGCGCCGUACUCCAGUGACAAACAAGCUGCCGGCAUAUGA